AUGGAUUGCUGGAAGGGAGCUGUAAGCCGCAGCUGGAUUUAUCCCACAGUGAUCAUCUGUGCAAAUGGAUUUUUCACCACAAUGAGGCCAUCAGAAUCUUUUCUCACCCCCUAUCUAACGGGACCAGACAAAAACCUAACGAUUGAAGAGGUUACCAACCAGAUUUUCCCAGUUUGGACAUACUCCUACCUUGCUCUCCUUUUCCCAGUGUUCCUGCUCACAGACUAUGUGCGCUACAAGCCCGUCCUCCUCCUGCAGGGCAUCAGCCUCAUCAUCACGUGGCUCCUGCUGCUCUUUGCACAUGGAGUCAUGGCCAUGCAGGUGGUGGAAUUCUUCUAUGGCAUGGUGACAGCCACCGAGGUGGCCUAUUAUGCCUACAUCUACAGCGUGGUCAGCACCCAGCACUACCAGAGGGUCACCAGCUACUGCAGGAGUGUCACUCUGGUGGCAGCCACCGUGGCCGCCGUGCUGGGACAGCUGCUGGUGUCCUUAGCACACGUCUCCUACUUCUACCUCAACGCCAUCACCUUGGCUUCCGUGUCCCUGGCAUUCCUGUGCUCAUUCUUCCUGCCCAUGCCCCAGAGGAGCAUGUUCUUCCACAGGAAAGACACCCCUGAGCCUCUCCCAGGGGCUGAUAAAGGGGUGGCUGCAGGCGGUUCCCACAGGCCCUCGAGCUGCCAAGAGGAAAAGAGCCCCAACCCUGCUGCCAGGGGCCCGACCCCCCAGCCCCAGGCUGGGAAUGCCAGGCCUCACAGUCACAUGCUCAGCGUGCUGCUGCAGCUGGCCAAGGACCUGAGGGAUUGCUACAGCUCCCGCAAACUCCUCUACUGGUCCCUGUGGUGGGCUCUGGCCACGGCCGGCUUUAACCAGGUCGUGAAUUAUGUCCAGGUGCUGUGGGACUUCCGAGCCCCGUCCCACAGCUCCGCAGUGUACAACGGAGCUGUCGAAGCAAUAGCAACGUUUUUGGGUUCAGCAACAUCCAUGGCAGUUGGAUAUGUCAAAGUAAACUGGGAUCUCACUGGAGAACUGGCUCUGGCAAUUUUCUCUGUACUGGAUGCUGGUUCUCUGCUUCUCAUGCACUUCACUGACAACAUCUGGGCAUGUUAUGCUGGUUACCUUGCAUUUAAAGCUUGUUAUAUGCUCCUUAUAACAAUAGCAACGUUUCAGAUUGCUGUCAACCUCAGCAUGGAGCGUUAUGCCUUGAUGUUUGGCUUCAACAACUUUGUUGCACUGGUGAUUCAGACCAUUUUAACUAUUGUUGUAGUAGACUCAAGAGGUCUGGGACUGGAUAUCACCACUCAGUUUCUCAUUUAUGGCAGCUACUUCACAGUCAUUGCUGGAAUUUUCCUGAUCAGAAGCAUGUACACCAUUAUCUCCAUCAAAUGCAGAAAUACAACUGUGGCUGCUGAAAGCACUACCCAUUAACAACCGAGACAAAAACAAUGGUUACAAGCAGCGGGGUAGAAGGCUCCAUCAUCUGGAUAACAAAUUAGGAGAAAUGUAACGUUCAAUCAACCAAAACUGGUCCAGGUUGAGGCAGGCUGUUUAUGAGCCUACUGCACAGAGAGCUCUGUCAACAGGAUGAUCCACUUGGUCCAUUUUCUUCUUCAGCAGUUUAAUACAAACACUCCUCAGUCUUUUAAUUCAAAUUUAGUGAUCUGACACAAACUUCUAUUAAUGCUCAGCAAGCACAAGUACAUACAGAUGCCUGAACCUCACACCAGAGGAACUUAAAGAACAACCUUGGGACCUUCCCUUCUAUUGAGUAUUUCAAUUUAAGGCAAUUUAGUUACUGACCUAAGACCUUCAGACAUGCCCAGGGAAUCUAAAGCAGCAGUUGUACCAGGCAAUGACCUGUUGGAAAGCUUGUCAGAGAGGCCUUGGGAAAACUUAACACUUUUCCAACUGGAAGUUGUGACAUACACUUUUUAAGCAAGUUAACAAAUACCUAAACCAUAUUUUUUUUCCAAAAAAUGCUACUUCUGUAUGAUCAGUGAUGGAUUACUACCAUGUAAUAUAGUACAGCAAUACUGUCAGUUUAAUUUAUCAAUGGCCAAAUGCAGGCAUUUUGAUUCCACACAGACAAUGCACUGCUCAGAAAUGUGAAGUCACAGGACUGUAAGGAAAACAUGUCAUUACAUACAGAUUAACUGCUACUGAUGCAGUGACAGCUUUUCUGUGAGUUUGUUGAAGAUGAAUGAAUAAAACACACCGACCUUCUCUUUGA